ACUUUGGCGGCGGAGGAAAUUCACAUUGUAUGAUUACGAAUGAGGAAGGUCUGGCGGACUCGCCAAGCCCGAAGCUUCAUUGAGUCUCGCAGUGGACUGACAGCAUGCUCCGCGACAUUCAAACUGCUGAACACCACCGAAUCUUGCCGCCAGAGAUCUCAAGAUGAACACUCAAUCACUCCUCCGCGCCAGAAUGGCUAGCCAAACCAUCGCUCGCCGCGGCUUCUCUACCACCCGUCCUCGAUUCGACAGUCCUUUCCACUACCCUGAAGGUCCCAGAUCAGGUCUACCAUUCAAUCCAAAGACAAGGUUCUUCUGGUUGCGGUACUGGACGUUUAUGGGCGUCGGAUUCUCAAUUCCAUUUGGCAUGGCCGUCUGGCACACAUACAAGGCAUAAAGAUCGGUUGCAGACUGCAUUGGGGGACUUCACCUUGAAUGAGCAUCGGGUCAGGAAGUGGCACACCAGCACCCUGAAUUUGUACAGAACCAGAAUAAAUACAUGCGAAUGCAAGAAUCAUCUGAAGCAUACCUCUCAGUUCAAAUCGUGGACGAUACCCUGACUUCAAAUGCUUUGCUGGUCGCUCUCUGGUGAUAUCGGACACCCCGGAGCACAACCAAUCAGAACACGGACAUUUGCUCCCAUAAAUUUAAUUCUCCG